AUGCAAUUCAAAAAAUAUGCUUUUCUUUGUCCAAUUCAGGACGGUCUUGCUCGAUCAUCUGCCUUACCAUUAAAGAGCUUACUUUUUCGCCAAGGAUGGUCUUCAGUAUUCAAUAAGCAUAAUAUUGAAUACCGCUGUUGCUGCCAAGAAAAGAAGAGAAAUAGAUUGAGAACCAACAAGAAGCUGCGGCUGCAGCAUGAAGCUGCUGCUACAGCAAGAAAUGGAUACCUUUAUGAUGUUGGUCUAUUUCCUGUUGCAUUUGCGAUUGUUGAUUCAGAUACCACGGCCAAUUGGUUGUGGUUCUUGCACGAACUUGGGAAGGUUGUUGAUGGUAAGCGCCAGAUUACUUCUAUUUUGGAUCGUAAUCUUGGUCUGUUAGAAGCUAUGCCAAAGGUGUUCCCAUCGGCUCACUACGGUUAUUGCUUACAACACUUGAAGAGCAAUUUAAGAAACCGGAUGAAAGAAAUUGAUAACGGAUUUAGGGAUCACCUAGUUAGUAGUUUGGGUGAUUGUGCUUACGAGCCAACUGUAGUAGGGGGCAUGCGUUAUGGGGAGAUGACAUCCAAUGCGGCGGAGUCAUUUAAUAAUUGGAUUAAAGAAGCACGCAAUCUUCCUAUCACUCAAAAGGUGGACACAAUUCGUACGCAGUUGAUACGGCAAAUGUCUGCACGGCAUGACCAAGCAAACAAAUGGAAUGAGCUUAUUUGUCUUACAUUCGAAACAAUGCUUAUGGAUUCGUUCAACGACAGCAGGUCUUGGCAAAAGAGCCGCUACAAUCUCAAUGAUUGUGUGGAACAUUACUUUCAUGUAGAGACAUAUCGUGCAGCCUAUUCGAGUGCUAUAUUCCCUAUACCAUCAAUGAAAAAGCCGUCUUUUGAUCCCACGGACUUCACUAUAUACCCGCCAACUGUGAAAAGACCACCUGGAAGACCGAAAAGGAAUAGAAUCUCAUCAAGGGGUGAGAAACUGAAGCAAAUAAGGUGA